AUGAGUGACCUGAUGUUGGACUCUAAAGAGGUUGACUCGGAUGAUGAUGAUCAUAGUAAAGGUGUGGAGCCUAUGAUGGAUCAGCCAAGCAAUCAACCUCAAGCAGCAGUUCAUUCAGUGGACGACCAAGACUUUGUUAUCGACAUUGACCAAAAACUCUUUGACUAUAAAGCAUUGCUCAAUAUAGGAGGCAUUCUAUACUCAAGCCCUCAAGUCCUCCUUCAGUUCAACUUUGAAACAAAGACAAUAACCGUCUUCUUGGAUGCCAACAAUCCAGUGUACUUCGCUGUGAUCAGAUUCGAAUCGCUGUGUGUCUUUCACCUCGGUCAUAGCAUGAACCAAACAGACCCAAUCAUGUGUACCUUAGUUCAGAAGGAUCCACCUUUCAUACCGCAACAUGGAUCGAUCCCUUAUUCAACUCUAAGCACCAGAAUCUUCAUCGACUAUGCUAGGUUGACCUUCCAGAUUGACAGAUCCAACGUUGUGAACUGGAGAGUGUUUGAGCUGAUGGUGAACAAAGAGAGCAUACUGGCGCUGGCAGUACCCGACGACCAGACCGUGUUACAACAGUAUGCCUUUUCCAUUGGAUUCAAUGACGUCUCGUUGAUCAUGUUGGAGAGGUCGUACGCUGCUCGGGAGAAGAACUACUCCUACAAACACCGCGCUCAGAGGAAGACUGGCUUCGGCAAGAAUUUCCUCGAUCUGGUACACAAGGUAGUCGUUACAAGAGCCCCUUUUAGCAAGGAGGAGAGGCUCAAACUGCUGGAAUACGAAUCCACCUUUGAUCAAAAGGUCACAGACAUCGACAUCUACUCAGACUAUCUGUUCCACUUGGGCAACAACAACACAUUCCCAUCUCUUGCACUGUACAUCCUGAUGCACAUUGACAACUCGUUAGAUGUAUCACAUAUACCAAACUUUGAGAGCCAUAUAUCCAAGUUGCUCAACCAGGGCUUUUGCACGGCAAAGAGUCAUCCCAACCUGUACAAGGUGCUACUUGAGUUUGUCAGUCGACUGAUCCGUGAUGCCAAGCAGGGUGGACAACAGUAUCAUACCUUCUUCAUCAUCCGUCUUGGUGUACCACUCUUUGACUUUGACCAAGAUGAUAAGAAGCACAAGCUUGUGUUGACAAAUGUCCUGACAUUCCUCUGGGACAACAUGCUGCUUACAGACAAUCGGUUCCUGAUCGAGUUCCAAAACCUUAGCGAGAAGAAGGGGCUCCUCCUCCACUACAUCAACACAUUCAACAUCUACACAACUGAAAUCAUCCAUGACUUUGACAAGUUUGAGUUGGUAUUUGGACCAUUUGAGAUAUUGCUCAUAAGGACCAAUUCAAUGUUUCCAGAGUUGUUGUCCAACUUCUUCCAUCCAGCUGUCGAGCAUCUUCCACCAAGUGUUAUUUACUUCAGAUACAGAGUUAUAAUAUUGAUGAUCAAGAAGAGGUACUUGCAUUCAGAGUUCUUGUAUGGACGCCUACUCUUUAGAAUGAUGGGCGAAUACCCAAAUAUCUUCAUGGCCGAUCGUAACUCUUUGGACUAUGGCUCGAGUGUCUGGAUGGAGAAAUGUAUUGAUAAGGCCGUCUAUGAUCGCAACUCGACAGUGGGAUUCAAUAGCAUUUUGGAUGCCUGUCAACACCAAGAGUUGCAUCCAUUCCUCUCCAGGUAUCUCAAGGUGGAGAACAUCCCUGGAUUCAUUGAGAUGAAGGGUGAUGUGUGUCUUCCUCACUUCAUCACUAUCUUCAAUGGCAGCAAGACCAAUCCCAACUUCGUUUACCUGCAGACCCAAUGUUGCGAAAGAUUGGACUUUGAAAUGCGAUUGCGCAUUGCACUCAAUUGCCCUAUUUAUCAGUUCGAGCCCGUCCCAAUGACCAAGGUGAUGACAACACUCAAAAUGAUCUAUGAGAUCUCCAAGGAAGAGAAGGCUCUGAUGGACAAGGGCUACAAGCUUUCGGACAACACUCACAUGUCCUACCAUGACAUGUGUGUAAUGAUGGUGGAGAAGUACGUCUCCAUCAAUCCGCCCACAAGCAAGACGAUUGAGACCAUCACCAAGAAGCAUGUGGUUGGACUUCCCCUCAUACUGCUGUACACCAAGUACCUGUCGCAACUCAUAGCCAAUGAAUGUUCCAUGCACAGCUCCUUUGUUCGAUUUGCCCAACUUCCAGAGUGCCAGUCAUGGUACAAGUACUUCACAACCUACACUGGCCAGGUCGCCUUGUUCACAAGCACUCUGAAAGCGAGGUGCUGUGAGAUCAGAGACUACUUGGACAAAAGUAAACACAAGAAGGAGGACUAUGAGGCGAUUCGCAGCAUUCUCAAGGUGCUGGACAGCAAGGUUGCACAACCAAGUUUCGAAGAGAUCACCACCAAGUUAAACAAAGAGGUCGAGGAGCUGAUGAGAUUGAACAAGGUGGUGGACUACCUCGUGUACAAGUUCUCCUUCUCCAAUCUUCAAUCACACCAGGACCGACCUCUCGAUCAGAUCGCAGAGAUCCGUGCCAACAUCUUGAAGACCCAAGGACUGGAUGGCCACACAUUGAGGAAGGACGACACCAUUAAUUUCUUCAUCAAGUUCUUGAUGGCAGAGAACAACCGAUUGUUCAACAUCAUCUUUGACAACCAUAUUGGUGACAACAAGUCCAUUGACGAUAUUGCCAGCAAUGCCAAGAGCUUCAUGGAGAAGUUGAUCAAUGAGGACAGUUCAAUCCCCCUCAACAACGGCAUCUUCAAAGAUAUCAUCAACCAGACCAAGGACAUCAACUUCAAGAAUGAGUUGAAGGCAAUAUUCUCAUGUCUCCAUCCAAACAAGCCAUACCAGAACAAAGAGAAGUCACUCAAUCUGUUCAUCAUGCAGGCCACCUCAUUGUUUGGACUCAUCUCAAACAUUGAGUUCAUGUUCACAGCGUUGGACAACAACCAGCAUUAUCUCAAAGUGACUGACUAUGAGUCUGAGAAGCAGAGCAUCAAGGCGCCGCUAGAGAAGGCGACCCGCUCUUCACUGACGAUCAAGCAAUCCAAGGAGGAGAUGGAGAAGAUCACCAAGAAGAUUGGCGGCCUGUCACACACACAUCUUUCAUUCUUCAAGUAUGUCCACCCGGAUCUCAUUCAGUUCCUGGCCUCAAUCAAGGAGUUCAACAAGACCACCGAGAUCAUCACGGCCAACCUCAUCUCGGACCGGGCCAACUCAGUGCUGGUCAACAAUGUUAUCUACUCGUACAACGUACUCAGACCAUUCAUCAAGGCGCACAUCAACAAUCAAACGGCCACUGUAUCACCACUGCCCAGCAUCGCCUCGUUGUGCGCCAGUAUCAAUCAGUCACUUCCAUCUGACUACCAGGAGUUGGCAAUCUCAAUCAGCAAGAUCCAGAUGGUGGUGAAGCAGCUGGCCGAGGUCAAGUCACUCUACAUGAUUACUGGUGCCAACUCAGAGUCCAUACUUCAGUUGGUCAUACAGAUGCUCAGUGGAUCAGAGUUCAUCUCCAGGAGCUCGCGCUACGAAGACGGAGCCAUGGGCUGGACGGUCAAGUCCCACAAUAUGGAGCACCCUCAGGAGAAGGUCGACGACUUUGUUCAAGGCCUAAAGAUCCGUGAGUCAGAUCAGAUGGUGACUGAUGAGAAGGAGAAGAAGAAGCAGGCUCAGAUCAACUGCUUCUACGAUAUUGUCCACAAGCUGCGCGAUAUACACAAUCUACACUGCGAGCUGGACCGUGCCUACCAUCCAGAGUACCAUGUGGGCAAACUCACCACCAAGUUCUCAGAGACCGAGCGCGGUAGGCUUGAGGAGUUUCGCAAAGAGCUCGAGGGCAAGCUUAAAGAAUGGAACGAUUCGAUUAGCACUCUCCCCUCUCGUCUAUGGAUGUUGAAAGCACACGGACUCUCGUCGCUCUACACAGAAAUUGCCAGGCUGGUCAAAAGGACUCCCAACCGACCCGUCGACAUUGUGGAGCUUGCCGAGUUGAUAUGGCCACCAAUUAAGUACUGCUACCCUUUGUCCAAUGUAUUGCUAUCAACAAUUGUCGACCAGCUCAAGGCCAGGCCACACUUGCUCGUCAUCAAAGACAUCUGGCCGUUCCUCACAGAGCUAAUGGCCGGGCUUCCAAUUCAAGAGGUUCUCAACAUCGGUGAGAGCGGAACCAAGAUUGUACACCUGGACUCCAAGCACAACAUGCACAACGCAAUGCUCCAGCUGAACAAGGGACGCAUGCCCCACCCCGCUCAGAUCUUCCACUCGAUCACCUUUGCCAACGACUUUGAAUACUUUGCCAGAAUCAUGGAGAAUAUGAAGGGUCAUCGAUUCUUCCUGGUUGGUGUACCGCGAGCAAAGGACAACCUCAUCAAAUGGCUGUCGAAUCACUACAACAAUGACAAGGUAGCCAUGCUCUACAUCAUGGCAAUCGACUCCAGCACGAGCACCGACCUCCUGUCCUUCCUGCCUCGCUACAACGAGACAUUCUCCAACGAUUGGAGUCGGCUCAUCAAACAGUGGACUGAUCAAAAGUCACAGAGCUGCAUCAAAUCACUAAACUUGGUCAGUGGACCGAGCGGCACUGGCAAGACAUUCUACAUCAAGGCGCGCGGCAAAGCUGUCAAUCACGUAAUCAAAGUUCACAUUCGUUCCAACUUUGAUGCCAAGCUGUUGAUCGAGAGGCUGCGUGGCCUGAACAAGGCACAAAAGAUGGAGAGCGUCCUGGUGCACUUUUCCAUCUCACCCAACUGUGACUUUGAUAGCUUCAACCAGUUCAUCUACCCACUGAUCACCUGUGGCUACGUUUUUGGACAGCGUGUUGGUGAGAUAGUGCACAUCUCAAACAAGUUGCAGCUGCACAUCUACAUUGAAGUUGGUUCGCCGAUUGCUGAACUGCCAGGCGCCGAUGACCAAGACGAUGGCAUGCCCCUCUCAUUGCCGACACCAAUCACUGAGACAUAUCUCAUGGACAACAUACCACUGAUUACCAAGCUGGCCCACCGAUGCGAUGACUAUCUACAAACGGAAUGGGUCAUCACAGACACAGAGCGUCAAUGUUUUUCAUUCAUGACCUACAAUGGCGACGAACUACCAUUGUUGUCUGAUGGAGAUGGAAUCACUUUGUCUAAGUUCAUUGGCUUUAUCAAGUCUGUGAUCGCCAAGUUCAAUAAUGUGGACCAAAACAACAACAAUCAUGACGCUCGCUAUCAGCCACUCUACCUCGACGACAACCGUUAUUUGCUACAACGCAACAACUUCAUCAAGUUGUUGUCGGAGCGACUGGAGUUCCUUCGCCACUACCAUAUUCAUUACGUUGAUAUCACAUCCCAAACAAACAACCAUGAGUUGGUGCCACCACUCAGAGUGUUUGAGCUGUUCAUCCUGGAGUCAGUCAAGCUGUCCGACCCAAUCCUGUCCUCAGUCAGUGACCUCUGGAUGAACCCGACAAUGCUCACAUCGACAUCAAGUUGGAACGACGCCGUUGACAAUCGAGUGAGACAGUUAGUGUUAAUAGACUAUGUCGACUUCUCAUUGACUCCACUUCUCAAGGAUAUUGAGGCACUCAAGACUCUUCCCAAGGCUCUCAAGAACCCUGAGGACUUCCAGGGCAUGAUUGCCAACUUCUUUGGCAUUCGCAGUCGUAAUCACAUCGUCAGUGACCUCUGCCACCAGUUCCAAUAUGUGUUGACGCCCGAGUUCGCACUCAGACUGAUGACGCUGCACAACAAAGUCAAGAAUCAGCGAUCGCUCGUACUCACUGGAGACACUGGCGUUGGCAAGACUUUCAUCCUUCUCUUCUACUCACUGAUGAUCAAUGCGGCCAACAACGAUCUGCCAAGCAUUCUCUACCUCCUGAAGGAGGAGGUCAAUGAUAUCAUCAAAAGGAAUCCAGCCUUUGUCCUCAAGGGUAUCAAUGGAAUGAAUGGCCAGCCUGUUCGACAUCUUCCAAGCACCUUACCAAGCGACCUCAUCUCUGCACUCACCCAGCUCUACGAAUAUGAGCAGGUAGCUCCACCACCAGCUGCAGCACCUGAAGCCAAGACAACAGCGGCAGCCACAGCCACACCGGUUGUACAGCCAAAGGCGGAUCCACUAUCACCCAAGACCAACGAGCUGUUCAAGGCCAUGCUCUUCAAGAGGUUCCAAGACUUGAUAUAUGGCAUCUUGAAGACGUGUCAUCUGAUCGAUGUCUCUAGUGACGAUAUGCUGAAAGGGAUCUACAACAGAGAGCCAAAGAUCAAUAGUAAGGACACACUGAUCGAUGCGGUCCAGAGGAUUAGCUCAGUCAAGUUCAAGAACCUUUUCCAUCGCAUCGUCAUGCAUGAGAAGUACACCGCCAAGGAGUUCAAGAUGAUCGUGAACAAGUUCAUUACCAUGGCCAACGAGCUCAGCAAGCUGGAGGGCGGCUUCAAAAUGGUUGUGUUCAUCGACGAGUUUAACACAUGUCCCAGUGACACACUGGCCCUGAUCAAUGAGAUAUUCAUUGACGGCACACUGGAUGGCGAUACAGCCAUCCCCAACAACAUCUUCUGGGUUGGCGCCAUGAACCCUGUCCAGAGAGAUAAGUCGCCACACGAGAUCGACUACUCUGGCUCCAGCCAGACAAACAAUCUGUCGUUCGUUGUGAGACAAACACCACCCUCAAUGGAGCAACUCAAGCUCAACUAUGGCAGGUUCGAGCCACAUCAGGAGGAACCAUUCCUCAACCAAUUCUUCAGGCAGCGCGACGAUAUAUGUCCCAAGGAAGUUGGCUACUCUGCCCUCAAGGAGUUCAUUAUCAAGGGACAGAACGCGCUGAGGGAGGUCCACCAGUCCAAGACCCACGUGUCCAUUCGUGACAUCAUGCGCGCGAUCGACCUCUACCAGUUCUUCUACAAGAAGAAGGUUGGCAAGAGCAUCCUGGCAUGCACGUUCAAUGACAUCGAUACGAACAAGACUCAGCACCACUUGCUGGCGAUCAUCACCUCGAUUGCACUCACCUACUACAUCAGGUGUGCCCCAGGCGAGCCCAGAGAGAAGAUGUUGGCACAACUGAACAAACAGUACCAACAAGAUGCAUAUGCAGACUUGAGGACGCAGUACAGGACCUUCAAAGACCUAUUCGAUAACAUCGUCAACAGCUUCUGCAGGUUCGACACGAUGGAUGUGCCCAAGGGCAUCGCUCCCACCGAGUCACUGAAGCUCAAUAUCUUCUGCAUCACAGUCGCCAUUAACUGCAAGAUGCCCAUGUUCAUUGUUGGCCCUCCAGGCUGCUCCAAGACACUCAGCUUUGGCAUUGUCAUCAACAACAUGAACCAGGACAAGCAGGAGCCCAUCUCAAAGUCCAGGGACGGCAUUCCCAGAUCAAAGACACCUUGGCAAAUCAUGCCCAAUGUGGACCCUUUCAGAUAUCAAGGCACACAACACACCACUGACAGUGAGAUCAAGUCUUUGUUUGAUCGCACACUCAAUCGACAACAGAGCCACAAGGUGACCAAGAGCAAGAACAAGUGCGUGGCCUUCAUUGACGAGGCCAGUCUGUUUGUCAACAACCAGAUGUCUCCCAUGAAGGUGAUGCACGACUACCUCGAUAAGCUGUCCAAGAAGAUGGACAACAACCACGUGGACAUCUCUGUGGUCGUACUCUCCAAUACGAUUCUGGACGCCGCCAAGACCAACAGAAUGUUGAUGCUCGUUCACCCUCCAACCAUCUCAAAGGAGGACGAGAAGACACUAGCCAUUGGAUGUCUGAGCAGACUGAACAGAACGCCAGAGUUCAGGAUCCCAAUCUGUGAGGCUCUGUGCCGAGCGUACAAUAAGGUCAACAACUACUCCACCAGCAUAAAGGACAAGUUGUAUCAACAGCGUGACUUUGUUUACUUCCUCAGACAUUUGGAUCGAGGCAUGUCAGCCAGCUUCCAUCUUACCCCAGCUAUUCUGCUUGACUCACUCGAGAGGAACUAUGGAGGCAUCCCUCCAGCAAAGUUCACCGAGCUCGCAUCUGUGUUCAUCAAUUAUCUCAGCACCAUCAAGGGCCUCACAAAGUUCAGCGUUGACAAUCAGAUAGCCAUCAGAGAGGUCUUGAACCAGGACAACACAAUCAAGCGCAUCAAGGAGUCGCUUCUUGAGAAGCUCAAUCCACAUGAGGACCCCAACGUCUUCCCAUUCAGGUACAUACUGCUCGUCGACCCCACCGAGAAUGAGUCCUCUCUGAUGAUCCUCAAGGAGUUGAACAUCAAGCACACGGUGAUCAGGGUCGGAGGCUUCGACCUGGACACCUUGACAGAGGCACUGGUCAACGUCGUGGCACAGAUCAAGAACAUGAUGAGGUCAGGCGGCACGGUGGUGUUGGUCAACACGGAGGAUGGGAAGAUCAACUUCAUGGCCAACGUCUCGUUUGGCAUUCACUCAAUCUAUUGUAAUGUGCAUCCAGAGUUCAAGAUCAUCGUCCAUCUGCCUCUCUCCAAGAUCAGCCAGACGCAGCUUCCAUGGCUCAAUCGAUUCGAGAAGUACUAUCUGUCCAUUGACAACCUGAUCAACUACAAGAUGGACACCGAGCCCAACCUUAAGCAAUAUCGAGAGACACUCAAUCACUUGACACGGUCCGCUCAGAUCUUUGCCGACACAUUCCACAAGGAGGCGAGCAACGAGUCACUCUUGGCAGGUUUCUCGUCCAAAGAGACCAUCUCAUCACUGGUGUACUCCACGAUCAAAGAGGGCGGAGCAUCAAUCAUACCUCAGAGGAUAUCGCUGGACAGGUUGGAAGCAACAAACAGGCCAACCGACUACUGUGUGCUCAACUGGAAGUUGCUCCAGAUCGCACGACCAGAGAGUGUCUUCAGGUGCAAGAGUCUCCCUCGAUCCUACAUUGAAGAGUACCUCCUGCGCCAAGAGCACUUCAACCUGAUGCGCUUCCUCAAGCACCUCUACAGCAUGAAGUACGUUCUCAGGCAGACAGUGACUAACAAGUGGGUGUUCUUCACAAGAACAUCAAUGGCUCUGCAUCGCAUGCAUGGAACCAAUGACAAGUUCAAUAAGUUCAUCAUGAGAGAGAUGUUGGACGACAACAAUAACAAUGACAACUCGAUGGCUGUCCUCCAGCUGGGCUCGUUCAAAUCCACCGCAGAGUGCGAAAAAGAUGUCAAGGAGUUCAAGGACUCACCUCAAUCUCAAUUUGGCACGUUGGACACAUCAAAGAUGUUCAUCAUCAUCUGCCACUACCCGCCCGAGUUCUCUCUGUCCAACCAGACCAAGCUCAACUCGAUCUUCCUCAAUGGCAUGGAGUUCAUGUACGUGGACUCGCUCGGCGUCAAGGUGGAUGCCAACCAGCAGCACUCCACAAAGCUCGACACAGAUAUUAGACAAUGGAUCGCCAAUGCCUAUGGUAUCUCAGCUUCACUCGACCCCCUCUCCAUCACAGACUCGCUCAAAGAGGUGUUCAUCUUGCACCUGGGCAAUGUGGCCGCCACCGCCAAGAUGGAAGCCUCCAAUGGCGAACUCACCCCUGCAUCAUUGAUAGCAAUAUUCAACAACCAUCCCAUGUGGUACAAGGAGACUGUGGGCAAGUUCACAGAGAAGUGGAAGCAGAGGGACCUUUUCAAAUACAUCGUCACCAACAUUGCAGACCUCAUACUCUCGGGCAAGCUUGUGUACUCCUUCCUCGACUCUAUCAACAACGCCAUGACCUCCUACUUCUACCCAGUUGUGGCCAAGAUUGUCCAAAUGCUCUCCAACUAUGGAGCACUUGAACAGAUUGCCAAGAUCAGGACUUCCCCAGAGGAGGGCCCUGAAGAUUUGAAUGAAAGGCUCGUUGGCAACUACAUCAUGAGUGUCAAGAUACCCAAGUUGUCGCUGGGCAUUGAGCGAUUCGAGCCAGUAACAAUCCAGCCUCGUCCAGACAUUGGCGUCAGCAAGAUGCCACUCUACGACUCGAUAUCAGAGACUAUCUGUAUCCUCUUUGAAAAGACGCGCGCCAAACAUCCAAAAGAUGUCCGCGAUAGGUUCAGGGAAGCCUUGAUGACCCACCCCAUCCAUCGUGUGGUCGAUCACAUCAACUCCAACCCAGACCUGUUCAUCAGCUACAGACAUGACUUCAUCCUUCGCACACUCAAGGCCAGCGGUGUCGACAAGGACAACACUCACUGGAUGUACUUGGUAAUCCAAAAGGUCUUCCAUCAACAGAUUGAGAAUAUACGUGAUCUACACAUCUGCCAGCACUACCACAUCAACACCAUCAACUUCCUCAAGAACAUGGUGCGUCCCCUUGUCCGACUGAAGGACAUCACAUCUGAGCUGAGGAAAUGCCUCAACGAUGAGAUGUUCAACGACAAGGAGCUUUGGGAUGCCAGACAGAAGAUUGCCAAAUUCUCGAUCACCAUCCUGUACGAUCACAUUACCAGGGUUGAUAGCUCUCAAGCCACUAAGCUACUGGACAUCACGACCAACUGGUGCACUGUGAUACGAGACAUCCUUAAUCGUGUGCCCAUCGAUCAUAUCAUACCCAAGCAGCCCAAUGAUGUCUUGUCGAUGCUCUUCUACAUCUACGCCAUGUACAACAUCUGUGUACACAUCAUUUCCACAGAGGACAACAAACAAACAAUGGAGAAGAUGCUGGGCUGUGUCUAUCAUGCAGUAGGAGCUGCAACCUUUGAUAUCACGACCGUCGUUGCCACAUAUGCUACCAAGCUCAAUGAUCUCAAUGAUGCUUUGGCACAAGCGAAGCUGCCACUCAUCAGCGCCCACUGCUUCAUGGACAUCAUCGUACCAUUUGUGCACAAGUCCAAAGAUAACCUCGCCAACCUCUUCAGGAUGUGCAAUCGAGACCCGUUACUCUCCUUCCCAUUCAUGGAUCAUAUCCCCUUUGGUUGGUACGCCAACGUAUUCAAGCAAUGCUUCGACAGGAACCCGUCGUUUGAUGAUGCCAUCUCGUACUUCAAACUGGUGUCCAUCACCUCAAUGACCAAUCCAUGCAUUGAUCACUUGACUGUCACACCAGAUCUUCUUCAACUACUAUCGGUUGAUGCGCUCCGCGAUCGCAAUCCUCGGUUGGUCGAUGUGUUCUAUCACGUACAACUGGAGGUAUUGAGAAGGUCGGACAAGUCCAACAUGCACAGUCUCACCCUUGAGUACAAGCGGUUGAAUGAGGAGGUGUUGAAGGGGGAAGCGACCAUCAUCUCCAUGAUCCUCCAUGCCACCCACGCCACAUAUUUGAUUGACAAGCUGGUCGACCAGAUCAACUCUGACAACAAUGUUGUGGCCACACGAACCUUCCUCACCAAUAAUGAUACGUUCUCACAAGUCUUCAAGAACCACAUCUUCAAGUUGGACACCGCUUCGACACCGUCCAUGCAACUCAAUGCGCGCAAGAACCAUGUCUACUUGCUCACAAGGAUCGCAUCACCGAUCACUCUGUCCAGCCUACUCAGGUUCAGGGAGCUGCUUGACUUACUUGGACUAGUGCAUCUCCACAUCCCACUGCUCAGCCCCAGUCUAUUCCCCUUCAUGAUCCAUCCAACUUCUGAGGACGGUAAACUCUUCAAGAUACUCAAGGACGCCAUUUUUUCAGAGUCAUUGGGCGAAGUGACUGGACUCACAAACAAGCACAAUGAUGCCAAGACCAAAGGUUUUCUUCGUAUGUCCCUAUUCUUGAUCACCUACCAGCUGUAUCAACAAGGGACCAAGACCGACACUGUCCACAAAGUGAUCAAAGACCAGACGAUAUCAAACAAUCUCGGCCUCCAACCAUACCUGACGCUGUUCCUCCGCCUGAUCAAUCUUCCCAACAAUCACACGCCCACUCUACUCUUUGACAAGAUAUUGAUCAACAACCCAAACAAGUCUGUUGCUGACACCAUCCUAGCACAACUACUUGUCAACACAGUGGCAGUCUCCAUUGGCUCGUCCUCUACCUCCUAUAUCCAUCAUCUCACAAACAAGACAAUCAUCGAAAAGAAGGGCAUGAACAAUUUGUUCUCGGCUGGUACCGAUCGUCUAGUAGGUGCGAUCCCACAGCAAGUCAAAGCCAAUGACGCACAGACUUCCACCACUGCCAACAUGGAGAAUGUUUUCGAUAGGAGGGUCGUCUCCUUCACCGUAUGGUCCGCAUUUACAUGGACAGCUGCCACCGCCACGGCAUUUCCCAACGACCAAGAGAAGUUUACCCUCUCGAAGCCACAGCCCAGGAUCUUUGACAUUGACAUCACAAGCAAGUCGUUGAAUGACUAUCAGGACUACGUAUUGCAGCGCGCAUCAGACUGCUUUUCCAUACUCCUCAAUCACAACCAGAUACAACGCGACGUCUCUAAAGCAGCUCACAUGAUCAAUGAGAUAUUGAUUUCUGUCUGGAGUGAUGGCUACUCCAACAACAAGGCACUCAAUCUAUCGACCAUGACACAAGCGGACCUCAACACGUAUGAGCCAUAUCUGCUGUCGCUAUGUCACAAUGUGCGACAGGCCUACCCCUCCAUCAGGAACACGCGCAUGGAGCACUCAAUCCAGAGCUCAAGUCGCUUCAAGAACAUCAUUGACGUUAGAUUGCAAUCUGAGGAACACUUUAGCAGUGUCUUCUUCGAUCACUCAAUCAUUCGCCACAUUGUCUCGGACAGCGCCAGUAACACACUGCUCAAGUUCUUCAAUGUGCACAUUCCAAAGAUAUGCAUAUCUUUCCACUUUGUCAACUUGAUCACCUUCCUCCAGAUCUUCUACAAGUCCUUUGAGGGCCAUCUGCCAGCCGAGUACCACAACAGAACAAUCGGCUCCGUCUUUGAGUUGCUUGACAGCCCCGAUCAGUUCGAGGCGAGAUCGGUUGUCAGUCGAGCAUGGGAGAAUGCCGUCACCGCGUACGAACAGAUACCCAAGGAGUUCAAGGAACGUGUACUCGGCUGUCCUCAAAAGAUUGACAAAGAUACAUCACUGUCCUUGUUGCUCUUUACCAAACAGGGCAAAGCCAACGGUGUGUUCGUGUCACUAAUUGAGACGUGGCUCAACGAUGUCCAGAUGGUGACAAUCAAACACAGAGAUGACGCGCCCAGCGUUCAGAAAAGGCCAAUGUUCAAGUCGAUCGUGAGUGGUGGAGACCUCACAGACGACAUUGGCAACAUCACCUUUGAGAUCGGAGACAAUGGAAUGUUUGUUGGAUCAAACUGCGAUGUCCCUCACUUCCAAAAGUUCCUUAUUGAUGCCAUGUCCCAGUACCAAACAUCAAAGAAGAUCGACUUCAAGCCAAACCUCACGGUGAUCGAGAACAAACUGAUCCUUCACAACAUCGAGUUGGAUGUCAAGAACAACAUGUUGGGACAAGUGUCCAACCUCGUUGGACUGCCUUGUAGCAUGCUGCCUCCAGGUGUGGCCACCCUACUCGAGAAUAUACCCGCCACAAGCUUGAGGAGCACGACCAUGUUGUUCAUCGAGGUGUACCUCUCAUACGGACAUAUAUAUCCAAACAUCAUCAAUGAGCCCCAGAUCCCAGAUCAGUUGGUUAUCAAUCACUUCAAGAGGCUUGGCAUUACACUCCAGAAGGAGUUCACCGACCCUGAACACAUCAAAGCCCUGUCCACCUACCUCAAAGAGAUAAUCAAAGUUCUUUCGUCCCAGGCCAGCCUCGAUCUGAUUCGCACGGCCAGGAUUGACGAUAAACUUAUCACUCAUCUCGAGGAUGUAUUGAAGGGCCUGCCUCCUUCGCCUUCAUCAUCCUACAAAGACUUCAAGUCAAUGUCCAAUGUCCCUAGAGCCACAAUGCCAUCGAUCAUCAUUCCUCUGACCUACUUCCCAAUGUUCAUGAGAACCAUCCACGGUGUCUUGUCCAACCUGACGAUCAAGAGCUAUACCACAUCAACAGAGAAAUGGAAAGAAUAUGACAGUAUCAACAAUGAUGAGGAUGACAAACCACUGCCUGCCGAUGAGGAGGAGGCGGGGGAGGAGAACCAUGACUACCCAGAUGAGACAGGUGAUGCCAAACAGGAUCAAGAUGGUGAUGACGAUACUGUCCACGAGGAUAAUGGUGAUGAUGAAGAGCCAUUGGAUGAGGUCAAUGAGAAAUUGGUCAAGACUUUCAAACCGUUGGAUAAGUGCCCGUACUUCCACUGCCUUGUAGAGUGGCUUCGAUUCAUACCACAAUCAGAUGACAUCGCCAAUGGAAGUACCACCCUUUCAUGCAACGUAUUCAGAUGUUUGAUUGAGAGCUCCAAGAAGAACAAACUUCAUUCUGUUAGUGUUGUGGAUUUCUUCAAAGCAACACAACCGCCAAACCUACAAGAGCAACACUAUGUCUCACCUGGUAGCCAUUUGGUCCACAUGCUCAGCACAUUGCCAUAUGAAGCUGCGCCCUGCGGACUUGUCAACGGACUACUCGAGAACAUAUGUCUAAAGUGCAAGAAAUCAUCGCCAAACCCAACACCUGAUUGCUUCUACUUUUUCCAGGAUGCCGCAUCACUAUCCAUGUCUGAUAGUCUCAUCGAUGUACUUGGGAAAUUGAUAGUCAGUGACAAAAAGGAGACAAAGAGAAGCAGGUGUGCUUGUGGAAAUAUUCAGCCCCCAUCCACUAUCUUGACGGCAGUGCCACAGUACAUUCUCAUUGAUAUUGCCAGGGACAUAGGCAAUGAUGAAAAGAAGUGUUACAACAAGCUAGUGGUUGACAAUCGACAAUUGGAGCUCACUCACUACUUUGGUCAGAAUGUGCAGCAACCCAUUGCCAAAACAUACUAUUCAUUACACUCUGUGUUGUGCCACGAGGACACAAUUGGAUCCACAGAUACUCAGGGAACAUACUCAAUACACAUCAAACAACAACAAGAGGAUGACAUAUUCUUAAGAUGUACCUCAUCUGAGAUAUCCAAACUCAACAAGGUGGAUGUAAAAGAUAUCAUAGAGACGAAUGGCAUCCUCUUUAUACUUGUCAAGGAUGAUCACAUCCAAGAUCCAAAUGCUCCUGACAUUUCGGAUACAACCCAAACGCCACCAUCUCCACCUCCAGUGGUACCGACGACACCCGACCUUUCGAACCAACCAGACAGUGGCCCACAGACCACUACCACGCAAACACAACAAUCCACGACAACAACAACGACAACUACAUCAAACACGACAACAACUCACACCAUUAUCAUGCCCAAUGUGGUCAUUGGAGACAGUACCAAUGAUUCAUUCUUUCAAUGGAUAUUGGAGUCUCCGAAUGAGAUCCCUAAGGAAUCCAGAGAGAAGCUCAUCGAGUCGCUCCGAGAUCAGUGUAUUGACACCUUCUCCAUUGCCCUAUCACUUCCUGACUCCACUUUGGAUGAGAUAUUGAAGAAAUCUCAGAAGAAGCAUUCAAUUGGCUCCAGAAAAGACUUGAUCGCCAAACUGAAGCUUCUCAAUCAAGACCCACCCAAAUUCAUUGUGGACAUUAGAAACAUUAGGGCCAGAUCUGACCUCACAUUGGAUCAAUGGAUAAGAUCAAUUGGCCUCAAUCCAAUCACUCCAGAUGUGCUUAUCAAUUUAUUCUUGGAUGAAGAUAUCAAGACCAUUGUAUCACUCAGGAGGUUCAAAGACAAAGAACUAGAAGAACUAGGUAUUCACCCAACGAUCGUUGCUUUCCUCAAGAGUAUGUUAACUGAAUAA